AUGGCCCUGGAAGCAAUACAAGCAUGGCGAGAUGCUCUCUACAAGGAUAUAUUCCACGAGACCGGAUGGAUUUUAACCACCCUCGGCGACCCGAAAGCCGUAGCUCACCUUGAGAAAUCUUAUGAGAAUCUCAAGGCGAAAGGGCAAGCCCAUAAUAUCGACUUCGUCAAAGGCAAAGAUGAGAUUGCAAAGUAUGUGCCUCAGUUGAAGAACGCUCACGACAUCGACAACUGGAGAGGUCUCUGGAACAAGCAAGCCGGCUGGGCGCACGCAGCAAAUGCAAUCAAGAAGAUUGCCGAUGAAGCAGGCAAAAUGGGUGUACGCUUCAUCUCCGGAGCGGCGGGCGAGAUGGUAUCCCUCGAGACCUCUGGCAACAAACUCACUGGAAUAAAAGUCAAGUCUGGCGAAACAUACAUCGCAGACCGCUACAUCCUAUCAACUGGUGCCGCCUCUCCUGCCCUCCUUCCCGAGCUCUCGACUCAACUUUGGAGCAAAUGCUGGACCUACGGUCUCCUCGAACUCACCGAAGAAGAAGCAGCUCAAUUCAAGGACAUGCCAGUCGUUCUUAACCACGAAUUGGGUUUCUUCUUCGAGCCUAGCACCGAAGGCCGCCUGAUCAAAAUCUGCAACGAGUUCCCUGGAUACCAGUGGCAAAAAGGAGAAUACACCGAUCCCGCGACAGGGAAAACAAACAAGUACAGUAUCCCACGCUAUGCAUCCGAGUACCCCAAAGACGGCAUCCCAGAAGAAGCCAUGAACGCCAUAAAACACUUCAUCAGCACUGUGAUCCCACAAUUCGAGGGCAGAGAAAUCAAAGGUGCAAAAGUGUGCUGGUGUACCGAUUCGCCGGAUGCGCACUAUCUCAUUGAUACGCACCCCAAGUAUCCUGGUGGAGAGUUGUUGUUGGCUACAGGUGAUAGUGGACAUGCGUUCAAGAUGCUGCCGAUCAUUGGAAAGUACAUUGCCAACGCGCUCGAGGGAAAUUUUAAGCCAGAGUGGAAGUACGGAAAUCGUGAGCAUUUGGAUAGUGGGAGACCUGGAGAUGAGGUCAAGGAUCUAGAAGAUGUUGGCAUCGGAGAGCCUCAAGCUAGGUUGUGA